AUGGUGCACGUUUGCUACUACCGCAACUAUGGAAAGACCUUCAAGGGUCCUCGUCGUCCUUACGAGAAGGAGCGUCUUGACUCUGAAUUGAAGCUCGUUGGUGAGUACGGUCUUCGUAACAAGCGUGAGCUCUGGAGAGUGCAAUACUCUUUGAGCCGUAUCCGUAAUGCUGCAAGAGAUCUUUUGACUCUUGAUGAGAAGAACCCAAAGAGGAUCUUUGAAGGUGAGGCUCUACUCCGUAGGAUGAACCGUUAUGGUCUUCUUGAUGAGAGCCAGAACAAACUCGAUUACGUCUUGGCUUUGACUGUUGAGAAUUUCCUUGAGCGUCGUCUUCAGACUAUUGUGUUCAAGUCUGGUAUGGCUAAGUCUAUCCAUCACUCUCGUGUCCUCAUCAGGCAGAGGCAUAUCAGGGUGGGAAAGCAGUUGGUGAACAUCCCAUCAUUCAUGGUGAGACUUGAGUCACAGAAACACAUCGACUUUGCUCUGACCAGUCCCCUCGGUGGUGGCCGUCCCGGUAGAGUCAAGAGAAGGAAUGAGAAGUCUGCCUCGAAGAAGGCCUCUGGUGGCGAUGCAGACGGUGAUGACGAAGAGUAA